CUCUUUACAGUCUUGACUGUUUUAAACCGUUUUCUCAUUGCAAGCAAUCUUUUCUUCAUCUGUUCUCAAGACAAGACAAGACAAGACAAGACAUGGGUCGUUUUUGGACUUUGGUCACUCAUCUUCAUGCUCUUGCUGGGCCAUCGAUUAUGUUGCUCUAUCCACUAUAUGCAUCAGUAGCAGCCAUAGAGAGCACGUCGAAAUUAGACGAUGAGCAGUGGCUUGCUUAUUGGAUUUUAUAUUCCUUUCUUACUCUCAUGGAGAUGCUGCUCCAACCUGUAUUAGAAUGGAUACCAAUAUGGUACGAUGUGAAGCUAGCCUUCGUGGCAUGGUUGGUUCUACCACAAUUCAGAGGAGCUGCUUUUUUAUACGAAAAGUGUGUUAGAGAGAAACUAAUUAAGAAAUAUGGAGGAGCACAUUUUCACAAGUCACCUAAUGGCAAGGGCAAAAACAAAUUUGUGGAUUUUGUCACCCCCAAGAAGGGUGAGCAUGAAGCCUACUGAUAUGUGAUGUGACGAAUUAGUGGAGGAUCACAAGUAGUUAUUGUUGUUUAAAAUUGCACUUAAGCUUUCGGGCUGUAACUUUUUUUUUUUAAAGAAGUAUGUGGUUUGUAUAAUUGGGUCUUUACACGAGCUA